ACGCUUUGUUUUAGAUGAUUUAGAAAGGCUUGGAGGUGUUCACUAGGACGAAACGUAUUCACUGUUCACUGAGAAUACUCUCUAGAUUUAUAUAGGUGCUGGGGAUUCGUAACGUACUGAUCUCAGCUGCACAGCGGCACAAUGAAGUUUCCGCGAAGUUUCAGUUCUUUGUUGGCAAUAUGCUUCUUGUCCUUGGCAAACGGGAAACCAAGUGGUGAUCCCUGCUAUAGCGCCCGUUUGGUCGGUGACGAUGAAAAUAGAUGUAUCUUCUACGUAUGCGUCCACUCCAAGCCAUACAAGCUGCCAUGUCCAGAGGGGGUGGGGGUACCUGCCGGUUAUAAGGGCAGCAAUAGUCCAUGCGUGGACACCUCAGUCUACUGCGACGGCCGAGGAGAAGAGAGCGAGUUGAGACGGCGUUACCAUGCCAAUGGUCCCGUAAAACGUAAGCCUAAAAAGGGUGAGGACUCAAUGCCCGUGGAACCGGAUGGCGGGAGAGGCGACGGCGGCGAACCCAUUCCUGUUUUGCCACACGAUCCGGUUACUGCUAAACCGGAUGUCAAUCCGCCAGCAGAUGCAGACCUGCCUUUUCCAAUUCCACAGUUUACUUUAGAAAAUCCAGGUGCACCGUCCCCAAUUAUACCAGACAAACCCCCGAUGAGGUAUGCAAAUCAAGAUUCUUCUUCGGAUCCUGUCCCAGAUCUAGAAAAUCAGGAUGUGUAUCCACCACCCACCCCACACAAACCUAUGCCACCUGUUGUCAUUGAUCCUCCAGAUCCCCCUAAACCCCCUAAACCUUAUGUACCGCUGCCCGAUGUACCUCCAGCGGCAGUUGAUCCCCCCAAACCCCCUAAACCUUAUGUACCGCUUCCCGAUGUACCUCCAGCGGCAGUUGAUCCCCCCAAACCCCCUAAACCUUAUGUACCGCUUCCCGAUGUACCUCCAGCGGCAGUUGAUCCCCCCAAACCCCCUAAACCUUAUGUACCGCUUCCCGAUGUCCCGGCAGAGCCAGAGUCAAAGGAAACGUUACCCAUAAAACCAUUAACAAAACUUUUAACAAGCCCGCUAUACCCUAACCCACAGCAAUAUCCCACACCCCAGACGGAUCACCCGAAACCAACGGAACCAGCCCAAACCAAACCAGAGGUGUCGUAUCCUCCCAAACCGGAACAACCAUCCACCAAAACACCCGCAAAGCCAAGCCCAAUGAAGCCCGUGCCUAGUGCUCCUUACCCUCCUAUUGAUCCGCAACCAGCAAAACCUCAUCCACCAAACUCGUAUAAACCCCCCACUGUUCCAACUACGACGACCACGCCGCUGCCGACUACAACGAAGCCCUACAAGCCGUCGACCACGGCAUCCAACGACCCUGCGCCCACCCUGUAUGCGCCUACGGAAGAGCCGGAUCACGCCGAAGCACCUGGCAAUGGCGGCGAUGAUGACCAAGACGAUAGUGAAACCAUACGCAUCAAAGUGUACAACAACACCAAAAUCCAAGGGAAGGGUGAGGAGCUGGAGGACUUUUACACCGAAACCACGUGCGUUGACGCGUGCUACUUCCGAGUCGACCCAUAUCGAUGUGACGCGGCGACGCUCCACGUGACCGACAAGUCGUCUGGGACUGGGAAGUGCACCCUUUACUUCGGGGAUGCCGCUUGCGCUGACAUGGUGCCCUACUCUCCAGGGUGGUUUGUCUACUACUUCAUCGAUUGUUCGGAAAAUGGAGAUGGGUCUAGGAGACGAUAGUGCAACGAUCAUUGAUAGCGGAGUGUGGGAGGCGUCCUUAGUUCCUAGCGCAUCUGUUGUUUUACAAGCUAUAACGUGAAUAGUUAUACUCGAAGUGAAUCGAAAGGCAUUGAUGUAUUUCAUAUACAUGUUUAUGUUCAAUCGGCAAUACAAAGGGUGACAUUGAAUUUAUUUUGAGUUGUGAUUGCUUUUGGAUCUAGUAGAAUUCCUGUGUCCUCGAUUUUACUGGCCUUAUUUAUCUAGUUCUGUUCCUUGGAAUAAAUCUUAU